AUGUAUAAAAAUCGGUUAGAAACGCCUUCACUUGUCGUCAAAGUUUACAGAGUAUCACCACGUAAAUAUGUUCACAAGGGUAAUCCUUUUACUGGCUGUUUCACAGGUGAGAAGUUCUACAACAGAAUUAAUGUUGUCCAGGGAGAAAAAAUUUACAGUUUGGUGCCAUUCAACACUGCCAAUGCCGCAACUAACAAAGCUUUCUUCCAAGUAAUUCUACAAUCGGAUAACGACGACUAUAAAUUCUCUUCGACUGAUUUUAAUAACAUUUUAUUUGCAAUGAGCGAGUGCAAUCUACAGGAGGGAUCCAUUUGCCACACAAAUAAAGUUAUUAAUUGGAAAUUAAAAAACAAAAUCACCAUAAUCAUGGAACAUAACAAAUAUAACAUGAAAGUUGUCGGAAUUGGGUUUUCCCUAAAAGCUUCCAAAACACAAAGAAGGAGAAGAAGACGAAGUAAUAAAGACAGAUUAGUACACGUUAUAAUCCGAAUACGAAGGUCUGGCGAGAUAUUCUUUAAAAAUGGUGAAGGUAGCUACAGGAAUAAAACUUUUACUUCGCUUGAUAACAACAAUUCAACUGGUGGAAUAAAUACUUCUGGAAAUGGCUACUACAAACGGUGUUUGGUAAAUGGUGUGUGGGUAUUAUGUCUCGGAACAUGGACACCCAGACCAACCACUACCUGUCCGACUGGAUUUACAUGUUAUGGUCGGGUCACCGGUGUUAAAAAGAAGGUUGUUUUAUCAAAAAAAUUGUCAAGCCAACCAGGAAAAAAUGAUUCACACAAAAAUCAGAAAAUCAUGCGUAAACGGAGAAGCUUCCGACCCACGUUACCUGCACUGACAGUGAAACAAACCUUAACGCAUUUAACUGUAGGUUUGAAAUCUAUACUACUUAUCGUUAGAUAAUGUGUAAAUAUUUCAAGUAAGCCAAUUUAAUCGAUGUUUAAUACUAUGUGUGCAGUCUGUAAUACUAAAAUUAAUCUGAGCCACAGUGUGUCGUGUAAGUCCACAUUGUAUAAAUUAAAGAAAUUAAUAAGUACAAUCUGGUGAAUUUUCUCUUUGUGAGAAGCACGAGAUUGAACAUCAAGCGUAAUGUUUCUUAAUUACAUAACUAUGUAAAAAUGGCCCUAUCAGCGCUUAAACUUAAUUUCAACUUUAAGCAUAUGACAAUCUCAUGUUAGUAUAUUCGCGUAUAUAUUGUUUAUAUAUUUAUCGAAAACUCAUUAUAGAAUAACUUCCUUUUACCGGACACCUUUUGCACAACAAACUCCUUUCUCAGAACUGGUAAAAUCUGUGUUAAACUCUCUAAAGAAUACGUCCAUGUGAGGGACAUUUUAUGAAGACGUGUUUUCAGAGUUCCAAUUUACAUUACGUCCGAGAACUAACCUCUCUAUGACAGCCGGGCCUAAAAUGAGUCAUGAAAAUUCCUAAAAAAAUAAAUGUCUUGAUGUUCUAGCAAACAACGAUAUCUUUAAAUCCUCCUGCAAAGCUUAGAGAAAAAGAAGUUGAAAUAAUUCUUUUAUCACAUAUCAGGUGCCACUCUGUUUGGAUAGUAAUGUGAAUCUCAAGAAUAAAAAGAAAAGUAUUUUGAAGUUAAAAAAAAUACGUAAUGACCAACUUUGUAAGGUCCACAACCCUAAAUUCCAACAACGCUUCAAAAUUCUUCUGGUUC